AUGAGACCGUACACACUCACUGCCGAAUGUAGUGCGAUAAUUCAAAAUAAAACGCCACCUAAGCUGAAAGACCCAGGAAGUUUCUCCAUACCCUACAAUAUAGGAAAAUUUGUCAUAGACAAAGCUCUGUGUGACUUAGGAGCUAGUAUUAGCCUAAUGCCUUUGUCCAUUUGCGAGAAACUAAACAUGGGAGACUUAAGACCAACCAAGAUGUCGAUACAACUUGCAGACCUAUCUGUUAAGUAUCCUGUAGGUGUUCUUGAAAACGUACCUGUCCGCAUCGGACAAUUCUAUAUUCCUAUGGAUUUCAUAAUUAUGGACAUAAAGGAAGACGUCAAUACCCCUAUAAUCUUAGGAAGACCCUUUCUAGCUACCGCUGGAGCUAUUAUAGACAUAAAGAAAGGCAAGCUGACAUUCAAAGUAGGUGAAGAGAAGGUCGAGUUUAUUUUAACAUAA